CACUGAUGAAGUCCGGGCUUACGGAUCGAAAGCUUUGCAGUAAUAAAUUUACGUGGUGUUUCCACAAACAAAACUAUUAUAUAUAGCUUUUUAUUUUACCUUAAUUAGACUCAACUCAAAAUGCAUCAGCCCAUGUCGGUCGUGAUACACCACCUGCAAGGAAUGACUCUGUAGUUCUUGAAAUGCCAGGUACCACCAGAUAUAUACAGUAUACAUUGUUAUAUUUCUUUUAUAUUUCUAGAAACUAGUUUGUUGUAUUUAAUGAAUCUUUAUCUUAACUAUAUUCCAGUGGCAUCACCAGCACAAAUGGUUUUUGAACCAUUGAGACAACCAGAAAUAAUGGUGCCCAGCAGACAACCACCAUUUGCCCCUAACCAGAUUCCACCAUCAAUGCACUUCAACCAUCUCGAUCCAACAAGUUUUGAUUUUUAUCCAUUGAACUUGUACAAGGAAAUAUGUAGCACAUUUGAUCAUGGUCCACCUUUGAAAGAUGCAACGGCUCUAGCAUGCUGGUUGGGUAUCACUGUUAAUGAAAAUAGGGCAUUUGAAAAGAAGGAAAACCAAACAGAUUUGAUCAUUCAAAGUUGGAAAGUAAGAAGAGGAAACACUGUUGACAAGUUUGUCCAAAUAUUGGACACUAAUGGCAUGACACAGCUUGUUGAUAAAAUUGGUGCAUGUAGAGUAUGAGUAUUAAUAUGAACAGGAAGUUUUGUGAAAGGGUAAAAGAAAGCCUGGCUUGCUAUUUGGUGUAUGUUCAUAUUAUUGUACACCAAUGGUGUACAUUGAAGAUGUUUAAUGUACACCAAUGUUUCCCAUUUAGUGGCAACCCAUUCAGCUGCAUUUAGACAAUAGAGAGUUUGAGCAAUAGUGCAAGACAACGAAGUACGAAGGCGUACUUGACAAUUUUUGCCGUCUGCACAUCAGGGAUGGAUCCAGAUAUGAUCUGGUAGGGGGGUGGGGGGUGCUCUGCCAGCUCUGGUGCCGAAUUGUGUUGGUCGUGGUGUGCCGCCCACCCAUCAACUUGCUUCACUACUGCAAAGUCUUGCUUGACUGCUGUAUUUGAAUUUGAAUUGUUCACAGUUCGCUUAUCAUCAUGUUAUUAAUACUGAAAUUAGUGUAUCUCAUUUUGCCUCAAAUGUUUUGUCCUGGUGAGGGUAGGGAUUUGGGCCACUCACUGCAUUCAUAAACAACUAGACAUGAAUCUCUAUCUUCACACUCAGAAUGCGCAGGGUAAUGUGCAAAACAGGCAAAAAUUGUCAAUCACGUCGUCGUCGUUCUCUUGCUCAAACUCUCUAAUGUCAGUUCUAAACUAAAGGUCCAUAUACAGACCGGACGCGAUUAAUUGGCAACGCGACGCGAAUUUUCAGUUUUGAAUGACAUUUAACUUUAAUAUUUUUCAAUGUUUUUCAAAUAUUCGGAACCACUUAAGCAAUUUUAGCUAUUUGGUCUGCAUAUCUUGUAAAAUUUUUAUCCGUUGACGGUUUUAAAACUGAAAAUUCGCGUCGCGUUGCCGAAUCGCGUCCAGUCUGUGUGGGCCUUAAUGCGAUUGCCACAUUACCCCAGACUCCAAUUGGACCAAACAUUGCCAAUAAUAACAACAUGACCAGUACCUCAAAUACAAGAUAUGGUCAUGUAGUUCCCGGAAUAGCAGACAAUGGUUGCUUGAAAAUCAAGGCGGGCAAAGCAAAUGAGUAGUUAAAUAUACUAAAUGGAAACCAGACUUUGAUUAGUUUAGUCAAUUUCUACUUAUACAACCAAGAAAUAUUUUGCAUAACGCUUUGGGAACGAGGUGACUUGUUGAAACAACCCGCUACAAACCUGUUACUAACAAGAGAUAACAGGUCUGAUAGAACAACUUGCAGCAAGUCUGUUGAAAUCAACAGGUCUGUUCCAACCUGUUCCAACAGACCUGUCGCGAGUUGUUUUUGUCA